AUGGUGCGGGAGGUGCUCGCCGGUGUCCCGGCGGCCCGCUGGGCGGCGGACAACCUGGCGCAGGAAGUCAUCGCCAGCACGCAGGCGCAGCUGGAGUGCGGUUCGCGCGGCGACGCCGCGGAGGCGGAGGCCCGCCGCCGCGAAGCCAUCGCGCGGCCCGCCUUGGUUGCGCGCGUCCGCGGACGCCGGGGAACCAGGGCGCAGCGGCAGCGGCGGGGCGUCGCGCGGCAUGCCGAGCGCUGCCCGUCGGCAGACGCCCCGCCGCAGGCAUGGCGCAGGGCUCAACGCGGGCCGCGCUUCCCAGGAGGGCCCCUUCCUGGUGAUGGGCGCGGCGGCGCGGCGCAGUGUGCCGUCGCGUGUGGGGUGGGGGCCUGCGUCUGCGAAGUGCAGCCGCCGAUUGAGUGCGCAUUGGAUGCGUGCGUGGCCGAGGCGCCUGCGCGGCUGCCCAGCGCCCGAGCGGCGGCCACGGGGGCCCCGCUGCGGUCUGGCGCCCAGCCGUGCCUCCCCGAGUGGGCGCGCUGGGCCGCGCUGCUGGAGGGGCUCGGCGUGGCGCAGCUGGCCGAGCAGGGCUGCGGCGAGGGCGGCGCCGAGAGCGCCGAGGCGGAGGAGAUCAUCGCGGAGUUCGGCUGCGAGGCCGAGGAGGAUCGCGCUGCUGCGGCGCGUUGCGCGGCGCGGCGGCCGCGGCGGAGCGGGGGCAGCCUAAUGGGGGACUCGGAGUUCGAGGGGGAUUCUGAGUUCGAGGAUCUCGGGUCCGAGCGCGGGCAGUUCCUGCGUGGCGAGUUCUCGGGCGGCAGCGAGCUAGCCGCGGAGUGCGAGCUGGCGCGCGCUGCCUGGCUGGAGCGCUCGGGCUCCAGGCGCGGUGGUGGCGGCGAGCCCGAGGAGGAGCGCGGCGCGCUGGCGCCCGCGGCCGACGGCUCCGAGGUAGGCCCCGAGGAGCUGCACGAGUCCGAGGGGAGCAACGUGGUGCCCGUGCCGUCGUUCCUGGACGGCUUCUCGGCGGCGGCGGUGGCGUGUGCGGCCAAGGGGCCGAAGUCGGGAGUUGAGUCGCUCCUGGACUUGGCCGAGGCCCGCGCCCUCGGCGCCCGCCCUGCAGGUUGCCCCGAUGCCGAGGAGAGCGAUGGCAGCUUCGUGGGGGGCUCGGAGUUCGAGGAUCUCGGGUCUGAGCACGGGCAGUUCCUGCGCGACGAGUUCUCGGGCGGCGGCGAGCGGGCCGCGGAGUGCGAGCUUGCGCGCGCUGUCUGGCUGGGGCGCGCGGGCUCCAGGCGCGAGGGCGCUGAAAGCAGCCUCGAGGCCGAUGCCGCUGGCGCGCGAGCGCAGGAGCGGCUGGCUGCGGCCGAGGCGGCCCAGGCGGCAAUCCUGAGCGGCGAUCUGGCCGAGGGGCUGCGGUUGCUCGAGGCGGCUCAGGGCUUCGGCCAGGCCUUGUGA